AUUUUUCAUGCUUCAUGCAUUUCUGCUAAAAUCGGGCAAAAUUUAAUUUGAAAAAAGUAAUAAAAAAUGUACUUAAACGUGAUAAUGUGUCUAUUUAAAUGUGAAACUAGUGUCGAUUAAUCUCAAAGAUUAAGAAUGCAUUUUCACAAUAAAAUUUUCAAUCAUUUUCAAUUAACGAUCAAGAAAAACAUCUGAGGGGCGAAAACAGUUGAUUACGGUCUUACAUCUUUUUUUAAUUCACGAAUUCAAAAUGGCAGAUUCGAAUAUCAUACGCAAAUGCUGACAGAAAAGUGCAUUCAAAGAUAGUUAAAUCGCGUGAAUACAAUAUGUGAAAGUUGAAUAAAUAAUAUGAAUUGGAUGUGCGCCGGUAACGAAAGUAUAUAUUUUUUUCAUAAUAUAAAUUUUAUGUCUUUGGGAAAUCGAUCGUGUUGCCCAAAGCACCGGAAUUCAUCGAACCAUUAUCGCGGUCUCGACGUCUCAUUUGGUUUUGCCCUCUUUUUAUCUUAUAUUUGAAGCGACAGUGAAGUGUUUUGUCUUUUUUCGCGUUGCUUUAAAUUGUAACAUGCAACCGCCCUUUUUGAGAUAAAAUACAAAACUUUUUCUAGUAUCUCGGUGAACUAAAUAAAACCAAGAACAAUUUUUUUUAAUAUUGGCCCUCAGUGAAAUAGUUUGCUAGUUAUACACAUGUAAUGUAUAGUUAUACAUAUAUUUAGAAAUAGGUAGAAACGUUAAAGUUGAUAACUAGGAAAGAGUUUAGAAGACUAUCGCAUUAUGGCAUCUUCCACUGUUGCUGUUCCUUCGGGGACGACGUCAGUUUCCCCUCAAGGAUUCAGCCAGGGUUCUGAUAAUGUUGAUGGAGGCGAUAUUUUCACCGAGAGAAGCAUCAAUACAGUCGCUAAUUUCACCAAUAAUAAACCCUCGGGAGCAUUGGAAGAAAUGUCGAGUGAGUGUGGACAGCUUGAAGAGGAGAAAUGUCCACUGUGUUCCAACAAAGUUUGUUUGCCCCGCGUGCUGACAUGUCUUCACGUUUUUUGUGAAGCUUGUCUUGACAAAAUUUUGAUUGACGAGGCUGGCGAUUCGAAGGUUGGAUCGAUUUUGAAAUGUCCUCUUUGUCAGCAAGAAACAGUCGUGGGGUCGAAAGGCGCAGCAUCAUUACCCAGUGAUUAUGUUCUCACAAAUAUUCUCGACAUGACCGCUAUUGAAAAUAUGUCAGUGCUUUGCACUUCCUGUAAAGCCAUGGAAAACGCAGUAGCACGUUGCUCAGAUUGUGCGAAUUUCUUGUGUCCGAAUUGCAAUACCGCACAUCAAUUUAUGCGAUGCUUCGAAAGUCAUAAGGUUGUCUCGUUCGAGGACUUGAAAAAAUCAAAUGAUUUGAUACCUAUUCAUAAGCCUAUUUUCUGUGAAAAUCAUCCCACUGAAAACAUGAAGUUCUUCUGCAAUACGUGCCAGGAGCCGAUAUGCAAUGAGUGUUUAUUACUGGAGCACAAAACACCAGAUCACCAGUACGAACGUUUGAUUGAUGCAGAACCACGAUUAAAAGAGGAGUUACUGAAUUUAUUAAAUGAAACUAAAGCCAAGAUGUCGGAUUGUGGCCAAACAACGAAUCAGCUAGGAAAUGCUCUUAGCGAACUUCAAGCUCAACGUGAUCAAGCCAAGGACUUAAUAAUGGAAAGCUUUCAAAGCUACAAAGCCGUUCUCGAGAAAUUGCGCGACCUCUCUCUAUCAGAACUCGAAUUGUUACACUCCGAAAGGGAACUUGAAAUAAUGGAUUCUUUUAACAGUGUGGAUAAAACCUUAGAAAAAAUAGACGCCGCCUAUUGUUUUACAUCAAGACUCCUUGAACAUGGCGAUGCUGUGGAAAUUUUAUCUCUCCGAAGGAUUACAAAUAAUCAAUUGACAAGUUUAAUAACGAACUCACCAAAGCCCAAUGUUUCAUUCUCCAUCGAAUUUCAGACAGAUUUUGAUCAUUUUGAAAAGACUGUGAAAGAAGCAUUCGGUUCAUUUCGUACGGAGAGUACAGUGUCGAAUGCAGCCUUGGAAAACGCAGCGAAUGUUCCAGGAUCAAUGGCUCCUCAAAUGGCUCAUUCAUCGAUUGGUUGUCCGAGUUCGAUUAGCACGACUUCUCCAAUUUCAUUACCAACUUCAAUGCAAUCUUCCUUUGAAGGUGAACCUUCCUUUACAGUUCCUCCACCAUCUAGUCCACAAAAUGUUCCUCCUCCACCUCCUCCCGUUACUAUUUCUCCAGGUCCGAUUCACGGUUUCACCAGUAUCCAAGAGUACAAUCUCAAGCAGUUAGCAAGUCUCGCCGAAAAAGUUGAUAUUGUAGGCGACACUAGUGUCGUCGGCUCAAACUCAAAUCCAAGCCCCACUCCGUCCUUCAACAUUGCUGACCUCUUCACUGGUGAUCAUGCCAUUAACAAUCUUCAGGCUCUUGCCAAACUGGGAAAUAAUCUUGGAAACCAUGAUGUGAGCAAUGCGACUUUAAACGGUGGCAAUAAUUUCAUAAUAGGACGCGGACAGUCACCAGGAAUGGUUGAUGCGCAGAAUUUGGGAACACUUGGAGUCAAUGGAAUGUUAAAUGGCGGAUAUCAACCAUUGUCAACUUCUACCUCACCAAUUAUGCCACCAACUCCAGGAGAAGAUCUUGGAGAUUCUGUGCACAAUAUACCCGUAAUGAUAGGAAACUCGGUGAGUAGCGGUUCAGGAAAUGGAAAUUUUGCACACAUUCGUUCAUCUAACGGGAAACCCACGCCAAUGCAAAUUCGAUGCAAAUUUGGUCAACUCGGCCCCAGUAAAGGUCAAUUCAAUUCUCCCCACGGCUUUUGCCUAGGAACAGAUGAAGAUAUAAUUGUUGCUGAUACCAAUAACCACAGAAUUCAGGUAUUUGAAAAGUCAGGCGCCUUUAAGUUUCAAUUUGGAAUUCCGGGAAAGGAGGAAGGUCAGUUAUGGUAUCCGAGAAAAGUGGCAGUGAUGAGGAAUAGUGGGAAAUUUGUUGUUUGCGACAGAGGAAAUGAACGUUCAAGGAUGCAAAUAUUCACGAAAAAUGGACAUUUUAUUAAGAAAAUUGCAAUUCGAUACAUCGACAUUGUUGCUGGAUUGGCAGUUACUGGUCAAGGACAUAUUGUAGCGGUCGAUAGUGUUUCACCGACUGUUUUUGUUAUCAGCGAUGCAGGCGGUCUUUUAAGAUGGUUCGACUGCAGUGAUUACAUGAGAGAACCAAGCGAUAUUGCCAUUAGCGGAAAGGAAUAUUUUGUGUGCGACUUUAAAGGCCAUUGUGUAGUUGUAUUCAAUGAAGAUGGACAAUUUUUACGACGCAUAGGUUAUGAAAAUAUAACAAAUUUCCCGAAUGGAAUAGAUAUCAGUGACGCGGGCGAUGUUCUCAUUGGAGAUUCGCACGGCAACCGUUUUCACGUUGCUGUUUUCUCAAGAGAUGGUACCUUAAUUUCCGAGUUUGAAUGCCCCUACGUCAAAGUGUCUCGUUGUUGUGGUUUAAAAAUCACCUCUGAGGGCUACAUAGUAACAUUGGCAAAAAACAAUCAUCACGUAUUGGUCCUCAACACUCUUUACAUUGUAUGAGGUGCAAGCCGAUGGACUAUUUCUUCCCAAACGUGAAAAACCUCCCGGAAUUGGAUUACCAUCAACGAAAGGUAAAAGGGUAUGUCAUUGGCCUUAGGCCAUUCGAUUUUUGGGCCUAUAAAUUUAUUAUUAUUUUAAAGAAAAGCGCGACAUUUAUCUUCAACGGUCUUUUAAUGUUAGGCAACCUUAUUUUAUGAAAGUAUAAAACUUUGUCUAGCAAAAGAAGGGCAAAAUUGAACAUCCGACCAAAUGCUAUUUAUAAUAGCAACUCGUGCAGCUCCUAUAGGACAUACUGCCAUACUAAAUUUAUUCUAUUGAAAGAAAAUUAUUAUUCAAACCAAAGGUUACCAUUUUGGUAGAUUCAAGAUAUAUACAUAAAUAUAUAUAUAUAAAUAAAUAUAUACAUAUUCUUAGGAAACGUUUAAAACGAUUCACUUUAAGAAUCUUUCUACUAUUAACUUGCUGCAAAUACGAAUUUUUAAAUUCGAUCAGUAUUUUAGAUUUUUUUAUAUUUUAUCCUCAUCGUUUAGAAGAAUUCUAAAUCUUACAAAAGUCGAAUUUUUUACAAAAAAAGCCAUAUUUUAUUCCUAAAACAUUUAUUCUUAAAAAAAUCCUCUUCAAUAAAACCCAUUAUUCUUAAAAGAGCUUUUAUUAUAAAAAAAGAACCUUUAUUCUGAUGUAUUUAUUCCUAAACGUCAUUUUUCUGAAAUAACUUUAUCGCUUUGUCACAUUCCAAAAAAAGAAGGAACAGAAGCAAACAUUUGUUGCCAGAAGCAUCUCUUUACUACCCUUUUCUCUUAAAAAACUAUAAAUGAAAAAGGAAUCAAAUGUUAUUAUUAUUAAUUAAAAAAAAAUUGAAUCCUAUUGUCGGAAAGAGACGCGAAAAGGUCACAAUAUUUACUCAGGAUGCUUUAUUAUGGUCCACCGUUAAAAAAAGAAAGAAAGAAAAAAAAAGAAAAAAAAGACGCAUAUGAAUUAAUUAUUCAUAGUGCUAUUUCCCGAUUACCUUGUAAAUGUAUUUGUUAUGAAAUUACAACAGGUGCUCUCUCUCUCACAAUUCUACAAUGAGGAGGUCCACUAUGUUACUAUAUAAAGAAAAAAAAACAUUUUCAGGAGAAAAAAUAUAUUAUAUACACAUAUAUUAUAUAUACAUACAUACACAUAAUAAUGGAAUCAUACGGAGUGUACUUUGUCUGUGUAAAAUAAUGUUUGCUAAACAACUUCUAUUUAUGUAAAUACUGACAUAUUUCGUAAAAACAAAAUAAGAAAUGAAAAACAAAACUAAAAAAGAUCCGUAUGAGACAAAAAUAUAGAAGAUACGCAUAUUUUGUAGGGUCGUUUACAUCAAUAGCCAUAAAUUACUUAUUUCAAACUGAAAUGAAAAAAAAGCGAAAAAAAAUAGACUCAAUAUGCAAGCGACACGUAUGCUCGUCGUCAUUUGAUAAUUCGGUAUACGAGUAACUUCAUAUCUAUCAGUCGAAAAUUCUUGACCGACACUCUUGCCAUAACGCUAUAUAUUUAGAUAUGUAUAUGUAAAUUAUACAAUGCAUAUACAUAUCAUUAAAAAAAAGAAAUUUAAAUAGCUUAAUCGGGCUUUAAUCGCAUACCGAGUCGAAUUAACAAAUCGACGAAUAUUAGUGUUGAUUGCAAUAUUUUUAAUUAGGCGAGGCAAUAAAUAACAAGUAAAUGAAAUAACUAUCGAUUAAAUAAAAAAUAAUAGUGAAAAAGAAAAGGGAUACGAGAUAAUAGGCCGUGUACUUCGGUACAUGACAAAUUAGCAGUCUCGCGAUGCCUAUCUAUACUCUUAAGUUUAACCAAUAAUCGUCUAAAUAUCACUAGUGGUCUGAAUUUUACGUUUUGAAGUGAGAAAACAUUUUUUUAAAACGAUAAAAAAAAAUCAUCUCAUAAAAAAUAUUAAAAAAAAAAGAAAAUGCAAAAAAAAAUUACGUGUACGAAAAAAUUUUAAUAGAUGUGGUUUAGCAGAGUUUUAUGACUAAUGCCUGUGAUAAUAGAAUCGUCAUCAUAAGUUGUAUUCUUCGAGAGUCUCUGAUGUUGUUACUAGUUUAAAGAUAAUUAGAACUAUCUAAUCCAAUACAGGUGUUGCCUCUUGCAAAAAAAAAAGUGUGUUUUGUCAGAUGCACAACGACCUGAACACGCAUCGUCUUCGAAAUGGCACACAAGUGGAAAAACAGUAUUUUAAAAAAAUUAUUACAAGGAAUAA